CCGCCGCUCCCGCCCCAAAGCCAUGGAAGAGCCACCGCCCCUUGCAUCCACCUCACGCGCCACCGGCUCGCUCGCCUCCUCCUCAGAAAACCGCCCCGACCCCAUGGACGAGGGACCCUCCGUGUCUACUCCUAGCUUGCCCUUCACCGACCAGCUUAUGGCUGCGGGGCGGCGCUCGUCGAGCUGGUCGGCAGACAGCCCCGAGGCGGAGGUCCAGGCGUUCGUCUCGAUGGCCCGCGGGAUCUACCCAUUGGCGCGGGCGGAGGCGCUCCGCGGCCUUGCCGCGGUCCUCGAGACGGCGGGCGCCUGCGGCGGGGUUGUUGAGCAGUGCUACGGAUGCGCGGUGGGGCUGAUGAGGGACGAGGACGAAGACGUCAGGUUGGCCUCCGUACGAUUGAUAGGUCUAUGUGCGGAUAAGUUGAAUACGACAGAAGGAUCCAACGGAAAGAACAAAUGUGACCAAGCUGACAUUAUGUUCCUCCAGCUUAGCUCAAUGGCUAGGGACAUGUGUACAAAGGUGAGAAUUGAAGCAUUCAGUGCACUUGGUAAAAUGCAGAGAGUUUCUGAGGCUGUUCUGCUUCAGUCACUGUCUAAGAAGGUCAUAAAACCCAAUACUGGGAGUGGUUCUAUCAUUAAGGGGAAAAAAGUACCUCCCAAAUUACUUUUCCCCUGCGCUGCUGGCAUCUUUGCGCACGGUAUUGAAGAUGAGUUCUAUCAGGUGCGGACAGCUGCCUGUAAAUCAUUGGGAACACUUUCAAAAUUCUCUACUCAAUACGCACAGAAGGCCCUGGACUUGUUGAUGGACAUGAUGAAUGAUGAUACAGAAGCAGUUAGAUUGCAGACUUUGCAGACCUUAUUCCAUAUGGCAACAUAUGGAUGUUUAAGUGUGCAGGAGAUGCACAUGCAUAUGUUCCUUGGUUUGUUGGUUGACAUGAAUGCAUUAAUCCGAGAUGCAACACGCAAGAUCCUAGGUUUAGUCAAUCUGCCUAAACUUCAAAUGUUCAAAUCUGCAAUUGAUGUUCUCAUUACAAGUUUGGAGAAACAUCAGGAGGAACAAGAAAUAUAUAGUGUUCUUUUUUCUGUCGGUAAGAAUCAUGGGAACUUUUCAGCCAAUAUAGCUAAGCAUUUGGCCAAAGAGAUCACUAUGUCAUCUGAUGGAGAGCUGAUCUUGGACAAACCCAGGAUCAAAGCAUUGUUGAUAGUGUCCAUCUCUGUAGCUUUCUCUGAUAAUAAACACAACAAACUGGAUAUACCAGAUGUUAUCUUUUCACAUGCAAUCUCACUACUGGGAAAGAUCUCAUGUGCAAUAGGAGAAGUGGUUGAUCAGAAUUCGCUUUUAUCCUUCUUCCGUCAUAAAACUGGAACUCCAUUUUGGGAAACAAGGUUAACAUCUACAGAGCCUACAGAAUCUGAAGGAUGUAAUGUUGAAACAGUGGAUGAUAUUCGUGCCCAGAUAGAAAAAACUGGAAAAUCAACUAAAUGUUUGGAUGAAGUUUUGACGAUGCAAUCAAUUAAUUCCAUAAUAGAAACAAUUGAAAGGGCUUGGACUAUAAGAAGAAAGUCAUGCAAUAUUCAUGAUGUUCGAACUAUUCUAAGAACAUGCAAGGAGGAACUUAGAAUAAUAACUUCAAAAUCUUCUGUAUCAACUGGUGCAUUAUUGAGCUUUUUGUGCGAGUAUCUUGAUGCAGUACAAUUUAUUGUUGAAAUGUUGCGAUCGAUCCAAUUGGAUAAUUCAUGUGACCUUGGCCCAACUUCACUUGAUGUUUUACUGGAGAAGUUAGAUACAUCUAUACGAAGGAUGAAGUGUUGUUAUGCUGGAUUCAAUAGAGAAACUGAGGUUCAAGUCUGUGAGCUUGCUUUGUUAUCGAAUUUAUUUAGACUUGCAAAGGUUGGGGUUCACUCAAAACUAGUCCUGGAUAAGUUGCAUUGGGUAAUUAAUCGUUUAGAAUGUCUAUGUGCUGAUGGAUCAUGUGAGCUUUCUUUCUUCAGCAGAGAAAUGAAGAAAGCCAUUGAUGCUAACUUUGUGGGCAGUGAUAUUUGCAUUUUGCUUGAACUCUUUCAUCUAAAACCAAAAGCAGAUUAUGGAAUGCUGAAAGCAAUAACCGCAGAGUUGCAAGCCAGAGACAAUGACUCCGAAAAUCCUUCAUCGUAUGUUUGUGGAUUACCUGUGAGUGUGAGCUUUUACAUAUCUAUGUGCAACAUCUCUAGUCAGGACAGAGUAUGGCUUCGCAUGAUUGCUGGUGAGUCCAUCCAACAUACCUUCUUAGAGUUGUCCUGUUUUGGAGGUAAUGAUGAGGUGAAGAGCUGUUCUACGAUUAUUCCUUUCUAUGCUACUCCAAUGACAUGCUCAUUCGUGCUACGGGCAUGUUUGUUAAUGGAAUGCCCAUUCGGAAGCAUCAGCAUGCAUCAAGAAGGGCAUGAAGGGCCACGAGAUUCUAUAGUCCAACUAUGUGAUGAAUUGGAUGUCUAUUUUGUUUGUACUGAACAAAGGUGAUUAAUAAAACUACGUGAUGGUAUGUUCCCCAUUCAGAUCUUUAGUAUACUAGCUAAAUACCCGUAUGCUUUACUAUUGAUAAA